UGUGUAUAAUACAAGAUAUACAGAACUGUGGAAAGCGAAAACCCUCUGUGAAUCGCACUGCGAUCUUUCACAAGUAUAUACUUUGUCGAAGUUGCUUUUUGCUGUGUCUCUCUCUCUCUAAAAAAAUGUCAUUUGAGAUGUCGGGUUUCCCUAAUCCUCUCAAGCAGUCAGAAAGUAGCCAAUUUGGUUCCGCAUCAGUUUUUCCUAUUUAUUCAUCAACAGAGGGAUCAAUAAUUGGUGGAACUUCAACCGGUUUGCUUGGAACCACUUGUUCUUUAGCAUCUGCAUCAUCAAUUGGUGCCACAUCGUCUCUUACUCCUUCAAACUCUGCCUUUGGAUCUUCUAUGCUCGGGCAGAUGCCUACAUUCGGGUUUUCUGUUUCAGAUCCUAAUCAACAAACACAAUCAACUUCUGGGAACACUGUAUUUGGUGCGUGUACUCCAAUUGGUGCAUCAAGUCAACCUGCAUUUGCUGCUGCUGGAACCCCGGCCAUUGGUGCAACAAAUUCUGCAGCCUUUGGUGCUACAAGAACCCUGGCAGCUGGCUCCUCAUCAACAUCAACAUUUGGCAGCACAGGAACAGCUUUUGGUGUGUCCAAUGCACCAGCUUUUAAAUCUGGAGAUGCAUUUGGUGCUCCAAGCAUCCCUGCAAUUGGAGCAUCAAGCAUCCCUGCAUUUGGAGCAUCAAGCACUCCUUCCGUUUGUACAUCAAGCAGUUCUGCCUUUGGUGCAUCAAGUACCCCAGGAUUUAACUUUGCUUCCAUUCCUUAUUUUAGCCAAUCAACUUCAGCUUUUGGAAGCAACAGCUUAAUUGGAACUAUUCCAUCUCCUUUUGGGACUCAGGCAUCCCCGUUUGGAGUCCAAAUCACUCCACAAACAUUUGGAAGCACAGGCAUUGGACAGUCAGUUUUUGGCCGUCGAUGUGUAGGAAGUAGGAUAGCACCUUAUACCACAACUGUCGAUGGCUGGAGUAGCACACAACCUGCUGAAAAACUGCAGUCAAUUUCUGCCAUGUCCCUUUACAAAGAUAAAAACCACGAAGAACUGAGGUGGGAGGACUAUCAGUUUGGGAAUAAAGGUAAUUACAUCCCAGGCUUUGGUACACCAAGCACUGCCUUUGGUGUAUCAAGUACAGCCGGAUUUAGCUUUCCUUCCAUCCCAACAUCAAGCCAAUCAACUUCGGCAGCAGCUGUCAGCAACAGUUUACCUGGAACUAUUUCAUCUACUUUUGAGACUCGGUCUUCUCCUUCUGGAUCUUCUAUACUUGGGCAGAUGCCUACACUCAGGAUAUCUGUUUCGGUUCCUAAUCAACCUAUUACAGGAAGUGCAUUCCAACGAACACAAUCAACUUCUGGGAACACUGUAUUUGGUACACACGCUCCCCUUGGUGCAUCAAGUCAACCUGCAUUUGCUACUGCUGGAACCCUGGCCUUUGACAUAGCAAUUACUGCAGACUUUGGUGGUACAAGAACCCCCGCAAUUGGCUCUUCAUCAGCAUCAACAUUUGGCAGCACAGGAACAGCUUUUGGUGUGUCUAUAGCACCAGCUUUUGGUGGAGCUGCAUUUGAUGCUCCAAGCACCUCUGCAUUUGGAGGAACAAAUACCUUUGUAUCUGGACUUGGCAGUGGCACAUCAAGCAGUUCUGGCUUUGAUGCAACCAGAAUCCCUGCAGUUGGCUCCUCAUCAGCAUCAACAUUUGGCAGCACAGGAAUAGCUUUUGGUGGAGGUGCAUUUGGUGCUCCAAUUGGAGCACCAAAUACCUUUGUAUCUGGACUUGGAUCAUCAAGCGCUCCUUCCAUUGGUACAUCAAGCAGUUCUGGCUUUGGUGCAUCAAGUACCCCAGGAUUCAGCUUUGCUUCCGUUCCAAAUUUUAGCCAAUCAACUUCAGCAUUUGGAAACAACAGCUUAAUUGGAACCAACAGCUUAAUUGGAACUACUUCAUAUCCUUUUGGGACUCAGGCUUCCCCUUUUCGGUUCCAAACCACUCCGCAAACAUUUGGAAGCACAGGCAUUGGACAGUCAGAUUUUGGCCGUCGAUGUGGAAGCAGAGGCAUUGGACAGUCAGAUUUUGGCCGUCGAUGUGGAGGCAGUAGGAUAGCACCUUAUACCACAACUUUUGAUGGCUCCAGUAGCAUACAACCUGCUGAAAAACUGCAGUCAAUUUCUGCCAUGCCCCUCUACCAUGAUAAAAGUCAUGAAGAACUGAGGUGGGAGGAUCAUCAGUUUGGGGAUAAAGUAACAAAUUCAGGUAGGUACAGCCUUUUUGGUUCACCGAGCACUUCUGGCUUUGGUGCAUCAAGCACAGCUGGAUUUAACGUUCCUCCCGUUCCACCGUUUGGCCAAUCAACUUCGGCAGCUCGCAGCAACAGACCUAGAACUAUUCCAUCUACUUUUGUGACUCGGUCUCGUCCUUCUGGUGUGCAAAGCCCUGCAGUUCAAUCUGCAGAUGGGAUGGACUUCAAUGCUUCCACUACACAGUCAAACCCUGCUGUUCCUUCAGCUGCAUUUUGUCAUCCAUUUGUGAAUCCCUUCUCUUCCUCGGUCGCUUGCAAUCCUUUUGCCCCCCGUUCAACAUCUUUGAGCUUUCCAGGCUCUGUAGUGUCUUGUACUCCUGUAUCCAGUUCAUCAUGCUUUAAUGCACUGCCCUCUGGAAAUCCUCUUGGGACGAUUUCACCAUCUAUACCUACAUUCAUAAUAGUGCCAGCCUCUUAUUUUGCAACCUCCUUCCCAUACCUUUUUGGUACAUCCACCUCACCUACAUUUGUGUUGUCACCCUCCAUCUUCAGUUCUCCAUGUGGACAUUCAUACCUGGUAUUUCAAGCUGCUUCCUCACUUGGGCAAACAAAUGCUCCAUGUGGACAGAACUCUUCUUGGUUUGGACCGGGCACUGCUCCUUCAUCCACUCAAUCUGUUGGACUAUCAACUGGAUCUGGAUUAGGAUGUAGCUUUUCAUCAACCACGCCAUUCUUACUUUCUACGAGCAAUCCUACUGGUUUCAUUCGAACAACUCCUUCCUUUUGUACUACUCAGACAGCAAGCGCGUUUCCUAGUGUAACAAUGGCCAGUCAUCAGCAGGUCGGUUUAAGUGGCUGCGGAGCCUUUACUGGAGUUCGUGGUCAGAUUACGUCUGUUCAACCGUAUUCUUUCUCUUUUGGACAGCCAGCUAGUAGCCCCUUUGGGGGGCCAUCAGUGUUCGGGCAAACCGGGAAUCCUAACUUUGGCAAUGCAGGAUCAAUAUUUGGUGGAACCUCAACUGGCUUGAUUGGUGCAACUUCUUUCGGGCAAACCGGAAAUCCUAACUUUGGUAAUACAAACUUUGGCAAUACAGGAGGAUCAAUAUUUGGUGGAACCUCAACUGGCUUGUUUGGUGCAACUUCUUCUUCAGCUUCUGCAUCAUCAUUCAAUGCCACAUCGUCUCCUGCAUUUACAUUUGGAAGUUCGACGCCUGCUUUUAGUGCUUCUUCAAACCCUGCUUCUGGAUUUUCUAUGUCCGGGCCUACAUUUGGAGGAUUUGGUUCGUAUCCUAAUCAACCUAUUGUAUUUGGGAGUGCAUCCCAACAGACCCAAUCAAAUUUUGGAAGCACUGUAUUUGACUUUGGUACAUCAAGUCAACCUGCAUUUGCUACUGCUGGCCCGACCCUUAAUGCAACAAGUAAUGCAGCCUUUGGUGUUACAAGCACCCCGGCUACCAUUCCAAACUUUAGCCAACCAUCUCCUUUUGUGACUCAGACUUUCCCUUUUGGAGUCCAGACAACCCUGCAAGCAUCUGAAAGAGCAGGCAUUAGUCAGUCAGCUUUUGGUGGUCAAUUUGGAGGAAGUAGGGUAAAGAAGUAUACUCCAACUGCUGAGGUAGAUGGUGAGAGUAACAGACGAACUGGAGGAAAACUGCAGUCGAUCUCCGCCAUGUCAGUUCACAAAGACAAAAGCCAUGAAGGGUUGAGGUGGGAGGAUUAUCAGUUAGGAGAUAAAGGUGGGCGCGGUACUGUGGGUCAAUCAAGCAAUGGGCGCGGUACUGUGGGUCAAUUUACUCCUUCGACAACACCUGGCCAUCCAUCUGUGAAUCCUUGGACUCCCACAGUCAACUCCAAUUCAUUUUUCCCCCAAGCAACAACUCCUAGCUCUUUUGUGUCAUCACCCUCCAUCUUCAAUUCUACUUCUUCCUCAACUUAUUCCAAUCCAUUUCUCCCCCAAGCAACAACUUCUAACUUUUUUGUGUCAUCGCCCUCCGUCUUCAGUUCUACUUCUUCCUCAACCACUUCCAAUCCAUUUCUCCCCCAAGCAACAACUUCUAACUUUUUUGUGUCAUCGCCCUCCGUCUUCAGUUCUACUUCUUCCUCAACCACUUCCAAUUCAUUUCUCCCCAAUGCAACAACUUCUAGCUCUUUUGUGUCAUCGCCCUCCAUUUUCAAUUCUACUUCUUCCUCGACCACUUCCAAUCUAUUUCUCCCCAAAGCAACAACUUCUAACUUUUUUGUGUCAUCGCCCUCCAUCUUCAGUUCUACUUCUUCCUCAACCACUUCCAAUCCAUUUCUCCCCCAAGCAACAACUUCUAACUUUUUUGUGUCAUCUCCCUCCGUCUUCAGUUCUGCUUCUUCCUCAACCACUUCCAAUCCAUUUCUCCCCCAAGCAACAACUUCUAACUUUUUUGUGUCAUCGCCCUCCAUCUUCAGUUCUACUUCUUCCUCAACAACUUCCAAUCCAUUUCUCCCCCAAGCAACAACUUCUAACUUUUUUGUGUCAUCGCCCUCCAUCUUCAAUUCUACUUCUUCCUCAACCACUUCCAAUACAUUUCUCCCCCAAGCAACAACUUCUAGCUCUUUUAUAUCGUCACCCUCCAUCUUCAGUUCUACUUCUUCCUCAACCACUUCCAAUCCAUUUCUCCUCCAAGCAACAACUUCUGGCUCUUUUUCGUUGUCGCCCUCCAUCUACAGUUCUACUACAGCUCCAGGAGCAGCUUCAGGACCUAGCUCUGGCUUAAGUCCCUUUAGCAGUCAGUCAUCCCAAGUAUUUCAUGCUACUUCCUCACUUGAGCAGACAAAUUCUUCAUGUGGGCAGGGCUCUUCUUCGUUUGGACCUGGCAAUUCCCCGCUUUGCGUAACCAAUCCUUUUGCUUCUAUUCAAACAUUACCAUCGCAAACUACUCAGACGGUAGAUCCUUCUCAACGGUAUGUUUUAUUACUGAUUUGCACUUUGUAUUCUGGACAAUGUUUUAUUUAUUUUAUUAACCUAAAAAAGUCUUGGGCUAGGUUGCUAUAUUCUACAGGUUUUGAUAACAACUUGGAACUCCUGUCUUGGCUGAAUUAUCUUCUUUCAUUUCAUUUAUUCAUGGUUUAUUCAUUUGGUUUCUUGUGUCAUUACAUGUUUUUCAGGUCUCCCGCUCAAGGCCCUGUAAUAGGGCAGCCAGCUGUUACUAGUCCUUUUGGAAAUCCACAUGCAGUGCUUCCGAUGUCAACUAUCCCUGGAUCCACACCCUCAAUUCAAUAUGGAAUUUCUAGCAUGCCUGUGAAGGACAGGUCUGCUCCCACCAGGAUUUCAUCUCUUCUGACUUCUAAACACUUGUCUCGUAGACAGAUUACGGUGGUUCAGAAAUAUCAUCCUAAAAGAGAUGGACCAAAGAUUCCUUUUUAUAGUGCUGAUGAAGGAAUAGCUAGCAUGCCUAUAUUCAUUCCAAGAGAGAAUCCAAGAGCUUUCGUUAUUAGUCCCACGGAAAAAUGGCCUCCAAAAGCUAGUCCAGAAAAACCAUCUCCACUGGUGCAUGCAUCUAGUAAUGCCUAUGAGAAUCAAAAUUCAGGUGAAAAUAGCACGGAAAAGGAGAGUGUUAGUUGUGUCAAACCUAACGUUACACAUGACUGGGUACAUGAUAAUGAUUCCAUCCAAAAGGGUGCCUCACAUACUACAGUCACUGGGCACAGAGCUGGUGAGGCUGCAAUGACGUGCGAACAUGUGGUCGAUGUCAAGGCACUGAUGCCAAAUCUCCCACGUCAUGAAUACUAUACAGAACCUCAAAUCCAGGAGUUGGCACUGAAGGAAAGGGCCGAGCCAGGGUUCUGCUCUCGUGUGAAUGACUUUGUGGUUGGACGGCAUGGCUAUGGCAGUGUCAAGUUUCUUGGGGAGACAGAUGUGCGGCAGCUUGAUCUCAAUUCCCUUGUCCAGUUUAAUAACCGUGAGGUGAUAGUGUAUAUGGAUGAGAGCAAGAAACCCCCUGUUGGACAAGGUCUCAACAAGCCUGCAGUGGUAACUCUUCUGAACAUCACAUGCACUGACAAAAAAACCGGGAAACAGAACACAGAUGGGCCGAAGGUUGAUAGAUACAGAGGGAUGCUGAUCAAGGCAGCAAAAGACCAAGGUGCUGAGUUCGUUUCUUACAAUCCAGCAGAAGGGGAGUGGAAAUUUAAGGUCCAGCACUUCAGUCGAUACAUGUUUAGAGAUGAUGAUCCAUAUGAAGACAACUUUUGACGAAUGCUUCCUCUAUUUCUGACAUGAAGAAGAGCUAUGGAUACUGCGGCAGGUUGAUAAUUGAAGAUGACUUGAUUCCUUUGUUAAUGUGCAUGUCCUGGAUGAGCGUUUCAAAGUUUGCACAGUGUAGGGCUAUGAAUGGUUUCACAAGAUGUCUUUUAGCAGUCUACUAGCGUUUUGUUUUGCCUUUUGGCUUUUUGUUCUCUUACCCUAAAAUUUGGUACAGUUUAAUAGUCAAUAGUGUUGUAUUUGUUUCCAUCUUUCCAUACUUGUUUUUGAUAGAUCUGGCAUUGAAUUCCCCAUGUAAUUGGUGAAAAUAGUGAUUAAUAUAGAAAAUUACAUUUUGAGACAAA